AUGAGCUCAAACCAGUACCCAGUUCCACCACCAUCGUACCUACCGUCGGGCUCGUCUAGCAAGCCUGUCCGUAUUCCUGAGGAUGAUGUGAGUUCGCCGUUGCUCGGUCGCUCCAGGUCCCCGGGGGGUGGGAUCUAUGAUCAGCCCCAACAAGGCGACCUUCCUGACGACUUCAAGUACGGUGUUACUGUCUCCGAGAGCUCUCCGGAGAUUCGAAGCGCAUUUGUUCGCAAGGUUUACACUAUUCUAUUCUGCCAAAUUCUCGCCACCUGUGUUGUCGCCGGCGGAAUCUCCCAGUCAUUUGAAGCUAUAGCUUGGGUUACAACACACACCUGGUCAUUCUAUGUCCCCCUUUUCGGUACCCUAAUCAACCUUGGAUUGCUGUACUGGAAACGUCAUAGCCAUCCCCUUAACCUGGUACUGCUGUCCACCUUCACGGUAAUGGAAGCAUUCACGCUCGGCGUCGUAACUGCGUUUUUUGAUAACAUCAUUGUUCUGCAAGCACUACUGAUCACGCUCGGUGUAUUCUUGGGCUUGACUCUGUUCACUUUCCAGUCGAAGUAUGACUUCUCCGGUCUCGCGCCCUGGCUCUUCGGUGGUCUAAUCGCCUUGAUCAUGACUGGUAUGGUCGGCAUCUUUAUCCCCUUCGGCACCACGAUGGACAUCAUAAUUGCUAUUGGUGGAUGCCUUAUCUUCAGCGGCUAUAUCGUCUACGACACGUACCUCAUCAAUAAGCGCCUCUCACCUGAUGAGUUCAUCAUGGGCUCAAUUAGUUUGUACCUUGAUUUUAUCAACCUUUUCCUCAGCAUCCUCCGUCUCCUGAACAACAUCCAGGACCGGUAG